AUGGAACUUGGUGAAAAUUCUCGACCAUCUGUAAGGAGGAGCAAUUACAAUCAGUAUUUACAAACAAGAAAUGCUACUGGAUCAAAUGUCUCGUUUAAUGGUUCAACUUCGACAUUAUCUCAGCCCGUUGCUCCGGCUGAAUUAUUACGUGCUGUCGUUGUAAAUCGACCAACCGCGCAAAUGAUUGAAACUUUUAGGUUCUCAAAACCAAGAGUCGAAAUGACUGAACAAGAAGUAAUCGAUUUUGUUAUGAAUCCAGUCCCACAAGGUCAAAAAGUUCUUUGUAAGAUAACCAGGAGUAAAGAGGGUUUCGGUAAACUUUACCCUCAAUAUGAGCUUUACAUUGAGGAACCAAUUGAGAAUGAUGAACCUAGAAGGACAUUUCUUCUUGCUGCAAAAAAGAAGAAAAAUAGUAAAAACUCUCAUUAUGUUAUUACUACUUCACGACUUGACUCCGCUGCAUCAUCGAAAAAAAUUGUUGGGAAAGUUAGGUCAAAUUUUUUAGGUACAGCUUUUGUUAUGUAUUCAAACGGACGUAGUCCAUUUAAACGUGAACCUGAAUUAUCAGAUAUGGAAAUUAGAGAAGAAUUAGGUGCUGUGGUUUACGAUCCAAACAUUCUUGGAUUUAAAGGUCCACGUAAAAUGACUGUAUUAUUGUUAGGCAUGACCAAAAAUGGGGAAAGACCAGAAUUUCGACCUACUACUGAAUCACAAACAUUGAUUGGAAAAUUCAAAAACGGAGAUCAUCGAGAUAUAUUAAUCUUGCAUAAUAAAUCGCCCCAAUGGAACGAAGAGACACAAUCAUAUGUUUUAAAUUUCAAUGGUCGAGUAACUAUGGCUUCCGUCAAGAACUUUCAAAUAGUGCACGACAAUGAUUUGGACUAUAUUAUAAUGCAAUUUGGUCGUGUGACUGAAGAAACCUUCACAAUGGAUUUUAUGUAUCCAAUGUGCCCACUUCAAGCUUUUUCCAUUGCAUUAACAAGUUUUGACGCUAAAUUGGCAUGUGAAUAA